AUGCGCUUCUUCACCGCCACCUCGUCCCUCUUUGUCUCGGCGCUCGUCGUCGUUUCGGCCGUCAACGGCUCGGUGCUGCCGCGCGAGACCAAGGCGCCCAAGGGAGACAUCCAGGUGAUUGGCAAGGGAAUCUGCCAGCUUGAAAAGGCGCUCGGCGUCACGUCUACCCAGGAGUUUGUCGACACCGCACUCGGCGGAGCGAUCACGGACCUUGACAAGAAGCUGGGCGUCACUGCCGUCGAGGACGCCCUGGGUCUGCUCGACUGCACGCCCGAGGCCAAGCCCAAGAAGUCGGAAAAGGGCAAGAGCGACAUCGAGAUCGUGGCAAAGGGCCUGUGCCUCAUCCAAAAGGGGCUGGGCAUCACUGACCUCGUCGAGCUCGUCGACGAGUCCCUCGGCGGCGUCCUCUCCGAGGUCGAGGAGAAGCUCGGCGUCACCUACUUCGAGGAGCGCAUCGGCCUCGCCGGCUGCUAG